AGGCUGGGGACGUGGACCACAGUCACCGGAGGUGUGAAGAGCAGCUGUGAAAACUAAACUUGCACAAGCAGGAGGGAGGCUUUGCAGGCUGUACGAGGAAUCUCUUCUUGGCUAGUUAAGCAUCAGGAAGACAAGACAGGCCUUUGGCAAACUACACGCUUUACUCUAGUCCCAGGUAGAAAGAUGAAGGGUUGGCAAGCAGAGAGAGUUCAGGCCUAGAGACUAUGCAAGAGGUACACAGGUCCUGUCAAGGCAAAGGGAAUGGAAAAGAGGUGACUAAACUCUACAACAGGCCGUGAAGUCUAGGUGUGGGAAGGCAGUUGGGAACACCUCUUGGCACCGGGAGGAGCCAAAGUUAUAAACACCUCCUCCCGUGACGCCCGGUGGUCGGCAGCGGCCUCCGAUUAGCUACUUCGGCCGCCAAUCCCGGAGAAGGCGGCACUGUCCCGGCCGCUGCGGGCUCUGUGAGCCGCCGACGCGGGCUGAGAGCCGGGGAAGCCGGCGGAGCCGGGUGGCAGGCGAGGCCGGCACAGCGGGCGCCGCCGCGGAGAAGAAAUAUGGCAGAUCCCUCUGAGCCAGAAGGACCUAUAGAUUGGAAGGAGCGCUGCAUAGCUCUGGAGGCUCAGCUCAUGAAAUUCCGAGUUCAAGCAAGCAAGAUCCGAGAGCUUCUAGCAGACAAAAUGCAACAGUUGGAGAGACAAGUUAUGGAUGCGGAACGCCAAGCAGAAAAGGCUUUUCAACAGGUACAAGUUAUGGAAGAGAAACUAAAAGCAGCUAAUGUUCAGACCAAUGAGUCAGAGAUUCGGCUCUAUAAAAAGUGUCAAGAUCUGGAGUGUGUAAUGCAGGAGAAGGAUGACAUCAUUCAGAGCUUGGAGCUGCGGCUUGAAGAGCAGAAACAAGUGAGAAUGCAAGAAGCUAAAAUAAUCGAAGAAAAAGCAGCUAAGAUCAAAGAAUGGGUGACAGUUAAGUUAAAUGAGCUGGAACUGGAGAAUCAGAAUCUUCGUUUCAUCAACCAAAACCAAACUGAAGAGAUAAGAGCAAUACAGUCAAAAUUGCAAGAACUCCAAGGAAAAAAGGUGUCUUGUGUCUCCACACCAAAACUCUCAGAAGGGCAGCGCCUGAGUGAUUUGACGUUUGGAUGCUUCUUGUCCCGAGCAAAGAGUCCUCCCCACGUAGUAAGAUUCGAGGAAGUAAGCAAGACGGCAUCGAAAGACCUCGAGUUCACCGAAGAAAAAUGCGUAGAAGAGAUGGAAAUUGCAGAGAAGCCUGCUGAUAACCAAGUCCAGGAGAGCAACAGAAGCCAGGGAAAGUUGCAUGAGACCUCUCGCAGCUCAGAACAGACCCGGAAAACCAGAGCAAGCUUUGCGACGGAUGGCGGCACGUCCCAGAAUUCCGGGCUCCCAGGGAGCGACUGGAGCUCUGACGAGGAAGACGGAAGCAAGGGCAGAUCCAAGCCCAGGCGCGCGUCCACUCUUUCCAGCCACACGUCUGAGGAGGGCCUCCAGUGUGGCGAAGCGUAUCUCACUGCAUCGGAUGACAGCAGUUCUAUUUUCGAAGAAGAGACUUUCGGCGUUAACGGGCCAGAGCACGGGAAGCUAUAUUCUUGGCAGCAGAAGGCACUAUGGAAAGCUCAGAAUAGCCUUGCAAAGGGGAAUUCCCAGUCACGGAUAAAGGAGCAAGAUAGUUCCUCGGAUGAACUGAACAAGAAGUUUCAGUCCCAGACACUGGACUAUUCAUCCUCCUCAAGUGAGGCCAACACCCCAAGCCCUAUUUUAACCCCAGCGUUAACCCCCAAACACCCUAACUCACUGCUCCCUAGGAAAGGAACACAGUUAGUGCCUUCCCUGUACCUGCCACCCCCAAAGCUAAGAAUACCCAAUGUUUUCAGUAUAAGUGUGGCACUCACCAAAAGGCACCUGAGCCAGCCGCAGUUGUGUUCGGACCGGAUGUUUGGCAUGAACAGGAAUGCCAUAAGCAUGAUCCGACCACUGAGACCUCAGGAAACAGAUCUUGAUGUGGUUGAUGGCGACAGCGCGGAGGCUGUGGAGAGCAUGGACACGGGCUGCGACGAUGGGUUGUUUUCCUGUGACUCCGCGGAUGCUCCCUUUGCAGAUGACCAGGAAAACAGUGAGCCCGCAAAGAAGGCCUCGGGCAAACCGCCCACGCCUCCUUUGCACCGCUUUCCCUCUUGGGAAAGCAGAAUAUAUGCUGUAGCCAAAUCAGGCAUUCGAAUGUCUGAGGCCUUCAAUAUGGAGAAUGCUAAUAAAAAUUCUGCAAACAUACCUUCAUGCUCUUCAUCAGGCCUUUAUACAUCUCUGAUCUACAAGAAUAUGACGACCCCAGUGUACACAACGUUGAAGGGGAAGGCAACGCAAAUAAGCUGCAGCCCUUUCCUGGAUGAUUCCUCUGGCUCCGAGGAGGAGGACAGCUCCAGGUCCAGCUCCCGGACGUCGGAGUCGGACACGCGCAGCCGCAGUGGGCCCAGCAGUCCCAGGGCCAUGAAGCGAGGCGUGUCUGACUUGUCAGUGGCUUCUGAAAGCGAUUACGCCAUUCCUCCCGACGCCUAUUGCAUUGACGCUGAGUGCUCGCAGCCGGAGCAGAAACUCCCUAAAACGUGCUCAUCCUCCAGUGAAAACGGGAAAAAUGAGCAGUUAGAAAAAUCUGGCUAUCUGCUGAAAAUGAGCGGCAAAGUCAAGGCUUGGAAGCGGAGGUGGUUUGUUCUUAAAGGUGGCGAAUUGCUUUUCUACAAGUCUCCAAGUGAUGUAAUUCGGAAACCGCAGGGCCACAUUGAGCUCACAGCAUCCUGCAGUAUUUUAAGGGGAGAUAACAAGCAAACAGUUCAGCUUACCACAGAGAAACACACACACUUUCUGACUGCUGAUUCUCCCAAUAUAUUGGAAGAGUGGAUCAAAGUGUUGCAGAAUGUUCUUCGAGUGCAAGCUGCUAAUCCUCUUUGCCUGCAGCCUGAGGGCAAGCCAGCAGCAAAGGGAUUGCUCAACAAGGUGAAACACGGCUACUCCAAGAGGGUCUGGUGUAUGCUUGUUGGAAAGAUCUUGUAUUAUUUUCGUAGUCAAGAGGAUAAGUUUCCUCUAGGUCAGAUCAAACUGUGGGAGGCAAAGGUGGAGGAGGUGGACAGGUCCUGUGACUCCGAUGAAGAUUAUGAAGCCAGCGGACGCUGUCUGUUAUCCACUCACUACACCAUCGCUAUCCACCCUAAAGACCAAGGCCCAACUUACCUGCUGAUCGGAUCCAAGCAUGAAAAGGACACUUGGCUUUAUCAUCUCACCGUUGCAGCCGGAAGUAACAAUGUAAAUGUCGGAUCCGAGUUUGAACAGCUGGUUUGCAAACUGCUCAACGCAGAGGGAGAGCCGUCUUCCCAGAUAUGGAGACAUCCUAUGCUGUGUCACAGCAAAGAAGGGAUCCUGUCCCCUCUGACCACACUGCCUUCGGAAGCUCUGCAGACAGAGGCCAUUAAGUUAUUUAAGACAUGCCAGCUUUUUAUAAACGCUGCGGUCGACUCCCCCGCCAUCGACUACCACAUAUCUCUAGCCCAGAGCGCUUUGCAGGUCUGCCUGACACAUCCUGAGCUGCAGAAUGAAAUUUGCUGUCAGCUUAUUAAGCAGACAAGACGCAGACAACCACAGAACCAGUCGGGACCAUUGCAGGGCUGGCAGCUCUUGGCCCUCUGUGUGGGUCUCUUCCUUCCCCACCACCCUUUCCUGUGGCUCCUCCAGCUCCAUCUGAAAAGGAAUGCCGAUUCCAGGACAGAAUUUGGGAAAUAUGCCAUUUACUGCCAGCGAUGUGUGGAAAGAACUCAACAAAAUGGAGACCGAGAGGCCAGACCCUCAAGAAUGGAAAUCCUUUCCACCCUUCUUCGAAACCCUUAUCAUCACUCGCUGCCCUUCAGCAUACCGGUGCACUUCAUGAAUGGGAUCUACCAGGUAGUCGGGUUUGAUGCGUCCACCACAGUGGAAGAAUUUUUGAACACUUUGAACCAGGACACGGGAAUGAGGAAGCCAGCACAGUCUGGAUUCGCGCUGUUCACGGAUGACCCUUCUGGCAGAGACCUCGAACACUGUCUUCAGGGGAACAUCAAGAUCUGUGACAUUAUUUCUAAAUGGGAGCAGGCAUCCAAAGAACAGCAUCCCGGGAAAUGUGAGGGCACAAGAACUGUUCGGCUGACUUACAAAAACAGACUGUAUUUCUCAAUGCAAGUUCAUGGAGAGACUGAUAGAGAGAAGCUGCUGCUGCUGUAUCAGACAAAUGAUCAAAUUAUAAACGGCCUUUUCCCUCUGAACAAAGAUCUGGCACUAGAAAUGGCAGCACUUUUAGCCCAGGUGGAGAUUGGGGAUUUUGAAAGACCUUUCUCGACUCCAUCCAGGCAGCUGACUGACCAGUGCAAAACAAAUCAAACCCUCAAACAAGUCAUAGAGAAAUUUUACCCUAAAAGGUACAGAGAAGGCUGCUCUGAAGAACAGUUAAGGCAGCUUUACCAGAGACUCUCCACCAGAUGGAUGGCCCUCCGGGGACACAGUGCGGCUGAUUGCAUUCGAAUUUAUUUGACAGUGGCCAGGAAGUGGCCAUUCUUUGGUGCCAAGUUGUUCUUCGCAAAACCCAUAACAGCAUCAUCAUUUGGCAAUACUUUUGUGUGGCUGGCUGUCCAUGAAAAUGGAUUGAGCAUCCUAGAAUACAUCUCCAUGAGGUUGGUGGUCAGCUACGUGUACAAGAGCCUGAUGACCUUUGGAGGCUAUCAAGACGAUUUUAUGGUAGUCAUUAAUACUCAUUCAAAAGACCGACCAACGGAGAAGUUACUUUUUGCCAUGGCAAAGCCCAAGAUUCUUGAAAUCACCCUUCUGAUUGCCAGUUACAUCAACAACUUCUACCAGCAAAAGACGGCGCUCCACCACCUCUCUGCCCCAGCGCUGCUCUCAGCCAGGACCGAGGCACCCCAAGCCAGGGUCCUGGGGAGACAGCCUCUUCUCGCAAACAGCAGACCCACCAAAGGCCCCACUUUACUCUGAAAGCUCCUGAGCCUGAACCUUCACUCCUCGUUCUCCACUCCACGAGGCCGCAUCUGCUGCCAACAAUGUUUACACCCUGCCAACAUGGCGCUCACACCAGCACUCCAGACUCAGCAGUAACGGCUCACUCUCUAAGAAUCUGAGAGAGGGUUGGAAUAUUUAGAUAACAAUAAAACAUAAACAGAAAUUGUGCCAGCAGCUCACUGUGUCUUAGACAAGUAGGUUAGAAUUUGUUUCUCCCCCACCAACACCCGCAAUCUCCCUUCUUGGCCCGCAGACAUUGGGCAACAAGGCUUCUCAUUUUGCUUUUAAAUGUCCUGGCAAUCUUUUGAAAGGGUGAUUCCAAACUCUCAUUCGGUAAACCAGUUGACUAUCCGGAAAGGCUCACUGCCAAAGAAGGUAAUUAAAUGUGCGUUUAGCUAAUGAAGUGGUAUUUGGAAAGGAGGGAGGUUUGGUGUAAGAACCAGCUAUAGGAGCACAGGCAGGGGGUAAAUUCCUAGAGCAAGCGCAAUCCAUCUUCUGAGCCUAUGAGUCACUGCGUGAGAAGACAGGGGGUCACUAACCAGAGCCUCCCCUGUGGUAUUGGAAAAGCGUGUGCCCUGUCACCUCUGCAGAUCACUGGAGUGUGGAAUGUAAAAUGAGGUAGUGAGCCUUGGAAUUCCUGCCUGUCAGCACAGCGUAAGAUCACUACACGGGUGCCUCCACAUUUUGCUGUUUAAUGCUAGUUCAACUUGACCUUGCUUUGUUAUAAAUAGUGUCUUUGGAAACAAAGAUGAUCCUUAAAGUUUCGUCCUCCAUACAGUCUUUUCUAAUUCAAGUUUAAAAAUAUCUUCCAAAGCAAAUUUUAAUAGAAAAUACUUAGGCGAAAGGAAGAACAUUUUUAGUUGACAUUGUCUUGAGCUGCCUUGUAUUUGUUAGCUAUCCCAUUGCUAUGGAAAAAUACUUGACAAAAACAACCUAAGCGAGACAGGACUGUUUUUGCUCUUUCAGAGAGUUCUGUCCCCGCUGGCUUGGCCCCAUGCAGUUGGGCAGAACCUCAUGGUAGCAGGAAUAUGUGACAUAUAAGAAGUGUCUUCAGCUCGUGGUGGAUAGGAAGCAGAGAGCAAGGAAGGGACGAGGGAUAGGUACAGCUGGAAGAGCCUGUCCCCAGGACUCACUUUCUCCAACUAAGCUCCAACUCUCAAAAUUUCUAUCACCUUUCAAACUAGCACCACCACGUGGGGCCAAGCAUGCAACACACUAGCCUCUAGGAAGACUUCAUAGUUAAAUCAUAACAGCUGUGUAAAUGGCCAGUUCAUUCCAAGCUAUGCCAAAGCAAUGUAAUUAGUGUUCAUGAUACAAUGAGACUGUGAUAAAGUAUGAAAAUUCUAUUAUAAAAAAUGUUUAACUGUAGUAGUAACAACCACAAAUCUACCUAAUUUUAUUUAUGUGUAGAUAAUUGUAUUUAUUUUUAGACAUAUUUAUCACUUUCUGUGCCAUAUUUUUUAAACCAAUUUGAGAACAUGCUAGCUGCCUCAUUGAUUUUUUUUUUUUUUUUUGGCAGAGCCCUGUGUAUUCUCCUUUGCUGUGGCAGUGUCCUGUUUUCAGACUAAACCUUUUAAAUAUGUUCUGCCCUUAAGAGCAAAGUCAAGAAGAACAUUGCUCAAGUUAUACUGUACUAUCUUGGUAAUGACAAAGAUAUUUUUAAACCCCAUAGAAAUGGGUUUCUAAUGGCUCUUCCAUCUUUUGAACCACAACUACUCACUGAAUGAACAGAUUCAGUUUUUUUAGAAUAAAUGAUUAACAAUUUGGGGUGAUUUCUCAGUGUUUUGUGUUUGUUUGUUUGUUUGUUUGUUUGUUUUUCAAGACAGGGUUUCUCUGUAUAGCCCUGACUGUCCAGAGCUUUGCAGACCAGGCUGGCCUCAAACUCACAGAGGUCCUCUGUAAGUCUGAGUGCUGGUAUUAAAGGCAUGUGCCACCACGCCUGGCUCGGAAAGUUUUUUUCUGGGAUAAAGUAGUGGUUUUGAGUGCCCAUAAAACCACUUAAUCAUUAGUGGGUGAGCCAGAGAUUGGGGCAGGCCUCUUAUUUACAUGUGAGAACUUUAUUCUCAGCCAACAGUUCAUUCACCAACUCGUAAGCAGUCUCAUAUGCCAUAUUUUGAGAUUUAAAAGUAGUGAACACGCAGCUUAAACUACCAUUACCUUAGAUUUUGCACUUAUUUUUAAUAGAGCAGAAAUAAAAAUAUUUUGAUGGAAAGAAGUCAAUUUUCUGUAACCAAUGAUGUGAAAAUUUUAUUUCUUAGGAAAUUACUUAUAUAGCCAUUUUUUAAAUGCAAGUAUAUUAUUACCAUUGGUUACAAAAGAAUGUUUUGUGUUUGACUGUAAUAUUUCUCACCUACCCUCUACUUCCCUUUCAAUCAUAAUAAAUGAUUUACAA